GGUUCGUAGGAAGAGAGAAAGGGGCCGGUGAGGAGGGAGGAGAGCAAGGGGCGCUACGUGUGCCGCCGGGCUGCUGAAGCCUCCCUGGAUCCUCGGCGCCCUCGCAGGGCCUUCUCCCGGACCAGUGGCCCGAGGAUUGGGACCGCCGCCCCUGCACGUGUUGACUCAGAAGGAGGGCCCCGACGACACGUGCAGCAGCAGCAGAAUUCUCAGCCAUGGUUCUCACAAGCUUGGGCAAGACUAUUGGACUUCAGAAAAAGACUGCUUGCAUCAGGAACAUAUGUAUACUGGCUCAUGUGGACCAUGGCAAGACAACUUUAGCUGACUGUCUUAUUUCUAGCAACGGGAUCAUCUCUAGCAGGUUGGCAGGAAAGCUCAGAUACUUGGAUAGCAGAGAAGAUGAGCAAAUUCGAGGAAUUACAAUGAAGUCCAGUGCAAUUUCAUUGCUCUUUUGUAAAGACAAACAAGAAUAUCUCAUCAAUCUAAUAGACUCGCCUGGCCAUGUGGAUUUCUCCUCGGAAGUGUCCACUGCUGUCAGGCUCUGCGAUGGCUGCAUUAUUGUAGUAGAUGCUGUAGAAGGAGUCUGUUCACAGACGCAUGCAGUUUUGAGACAGGCGUGGCUAGAAAACAUUCGCCCAGUCCUGGUGAUUAAUAAAAUAGAUCGCCUAAUAAUGGAACUCAAGUUCACACCCCAGGAAGCAUAUUCUCACCUUAAGAAUAUCUUGGAACAGGUGAAUGCAAUCACUGCAACUCUCUUCACUUCUAAAGUCCUUGAAGAGAGGGCUGAGAAAGAAACGGAAACUCAGUUGACCUCCGAUUCUGUUCACGGAGACCAAGUUUAUGACUGGAGUGCCGGUUUGGAAUUGACCGAUGAUUCGCACCUUUACUUUUCACCAGACCAAGGGAAUGUGAUAUUUGCCAGUGCAAUUGAUGGCUGGGGCUUUGGCAUUGAGCAUUUUGCUAAGCUUUAUAGCCAGAAGAUUGGAAUCAAAUCUUCAGUACUGUUGAAGACCUUGUGGGGCGAUUAUUAUCUAAAUACAAAGGCCAAGAAGAUCAUGAAAGGUGACCAGUCAAAAGGAAAGAAACCUUUAUUUGUGCAGUUGGUGCUGGACAACAUCUGGAGCCUCUAUGAAGCUGUUACAAAAAAAGACAAGGAGAAAAUUGAUAAAAUAGUCUCUUCCCUGGGACUGACCAUUGGUGCUCGUGAGUCCCGCCAUGCUGACGCGAAGGUUCAGAUUAAUGCAAUUUGCAGCCAGUGGCUACCAAUAUCCGAGGCAGUUCUCUCCAUGGUCUGUAACAAACUCCCCAGUCCUCUUGAUAUAACUGCCGAGAGAGUGGAAAAGCUGAUGUGUGUUGGAGCGAAAACCUUUGAUUCCCUGCCACAAGACACUCAGGCCCUGAAAGACGCGUUUAUGAAAUGCAGCAGUGAAGAAACUGCCCCAGUCAUUGUCUUUGUUUCCAAAAUGUUUGCAGUUGACGCUAAGACAUUGCCACAGAACAAGCCAAGGCCUCUGUCACAAGAAGAAAUUGCCCAGAGACGUGAACUUGCAAAGCGGCGACAUGCUGAAAAGUUAGCAGCUAGUCAAGGGCAGGAGCCAGAACAGCAGGCGGCUGGCGUAAAUUCGGCAGACCAAGCCCGAGAGAGAGGCGAAACUAAAGGGGAUGAUCAGCCACCGGCCAGCCAAAUGGAGGCCAUGACCCUGGCAGCUGCAAAGCAAGACACCGAAAAUAAGAAGGCCUUCGUUGCUUUUGCCAGGGUGUUCAGUGGAGUUGUGAAAAGGGGCCAAAAGCUCUUCGUUCUGGGACCAAAAUAUGAUCCUGCUGAAUCGUUGCAUAAGCUGCCUCCAGGGUGUUCGGCUGCAGAUGCUGAUCUACCAUCAGUACCCCAUUUGGCUUGCUGCACUUCAGACGAUCUCUACUUAUUGAUGGGGAGAGAGCUAGAAGAACUACAAGAAGUACCUUCAGGAAAUGUGCUAGGAAUAGGAGGACUGCAAGACUUUAUACUAAAAUCAGCGACGCUCUCGUCAUCACCAGCUUGUCCGCCAUUUACGCCACUCAACUUUGAAGCGACCCCAAUCGUGCGAGUUGCUGUCGAGCCGAAACACCCAAGUGAGAUGCCUCAGUUGGUCAAAGGUAUGAAGCUUUUAAACCAAGCUGAUCCGUGCGUUCAAGUUCUAAUCCAAGAAACAGGAGAACACGUGCUAAUUACAGCUGGAGAAGUCCACCUUCAGCGCUGCCUGGAUGACUUGAAAGAGAGGUUUGCCAGAAUAGAAAUUAGCGUGUCAAAACCAAUCAUUCCCUUCCGAGAAACCAUAACGAGACCCCCCAAAGUCGACAUGGUAAACGAAGAUAUAGGAAAGCAGCAGAAAAUUGCCGUCAUACAUCAGAGCAAGGAGGAGCAUAACAAAAUCCCUGAAGGGGUGCAGAUCGAUGCGGAUGGACUCGUCACGAUGUCAACACCGAAUAAGUACGCCACACUUAGUGUCAGAGCAACGCCCCUUCCCGAGGAGGUAACCCGGCUUCUCGAGGAGAACAGCGAUUUAAUUCGGACCAUAGAGCAGCUCACUUCUUAUUUGAACGAGGGUAAAAAAUCCCAGGAGAUGAACCAGAGGACCCUUGACAGGAUACAAGAGUUCAAACAAAAACUGGAGCAAAACCUGCAAGGUAGAAAAUGGAGGAACGCCAUUGAGGGGCUCUGGUCCUUCGGGCCCCGGAAAUGUGGGCCUAAUGUCCUGCUGAACAGAUGUGAAGGCUACGAGAGAUCCGUGUGGGAGUGCCUAGAUAAAGCAACCAAAGAAGCAAGCCUGUAUCGAGACUUCGACAAUAGCAUCGUGAGCGGGUUCCAGUUGGCGACACUUUCGGGGCCGAUGUGUGAGGAGCCACUGAUGGGCGUCUGCUUUUCUGUGGAAAGGUGGGACAUGAGCAGAUUUGUGGAGCAAAUAUCGGUCAACAGGAGGGAUGCUGAGGAAGGGGCAGCUACAGAGGAGAGAUCGACGAAAGAGGAAGUGGCCCCUCUGUCGGGUGAAGACAUCGAUUCGACUUCGGAAAAUAAAGAAAUCCAAGAUAGCGGCCAAAAAAGUCUCAAAUCCUCCAGUAAGCGCAAGGGAGAAACUUUGCUUGCAGAUUGCUAUGGCCCAUUCUCUGGCCAGCUGAUUGCUACCAUGAAGGAAGCAUGUCGGUACGCGAUGCAAGUCAAGCCCCAAAGGCUUAUGGCCGCCAUGUACACUUGUGAAAUCAUGGCAACAGGAGAGGUGCUAGGUCGUGUUUAUGCCGUCCUGUCCAAGAGAGAAGGCCGGGUGCUGCAAGAGGAGAUGAAAGAAGGGACGGAUAUGUUUAUUAUCAAGGCGGUCCUGCCAGUAGCAGAGAGCUUUGGCUUCGCGGAUGAAAUCAGGAAGAAAACAAGCGGCCUGGCCAGCCCACAGCUGGUGUUCAGUCACUGGGAGGUAAUUUCAGACGAUCCAUUUUGGGUUCCAACCACGGAGGAAGAGUAUUUGCAUUUUGGGGAAAAGGCAGACUCGGAGAACCAGACCCGAAAGUACAUGAAUGCCGUCAGAAAGCGGAAGGGUCUUUAUGUGGAAGAGAAAAUUGUGGAGCAUGCUGAGAAGCAAAGAACUCUUGGCAGAAACAAAUAACUGCCUCCACUUCUGCUGCUCGGCUUUCUUGAGGAAGUGCAAGUGGAUUAUUUUCUGUACUGAAGAUUUAAAAGUCACCUUGGAUGUCCUGUGCUGCUGUCUGUGGCUUGAGUUUUAAUAAACCUCAGCCUUUUCAACCUUUUUAAAAAUUA